AUGACGACUGCUUUGGCUCUGGAAAAUAGGAAGUUGCGGAGGUGUAUACAGGAGUUAGAAAAGGAGGUGAGUUUCCUGCGGGAUCAGAAUUACAACAUUCAACGCGUGAAUGACACAUACCGUGUUAAGGUCUUACAGUACAUUGAGAUGGUUCGUUUCAAGGCGUGCGGGGAAGCCUUGCCGGCCUUCGCAACUACCGACGAUCUAGAGGGGUUUGUAAACCGACUGCGCACUCAUGACAUCAUUUACUCGCCUUCGCAACUGCAAGCCGAGGGCUUGACGGAGAACGCCCCUGCAAAGGGGUUAUCGACUCGUGAAGGGGACGACGGUCUCAUGCAUAGCACCCGCUCCCUCUCCCGUGCCACCAGAGAAGGGGAGGGAGUGGGACGCGGUCCGGGCAACGGCAGUGGCCCACGAAAGAAGGCGUCCUCUUCCACGGAAGAAAAGACGCGGGCGAGUAAAUCAGCCACUGUGCAAAAUGCUCAACGCGCCACCAUUGCGAAACUGACAGCUGAAAAUAAUAAAUUGGCGUUCUUUGUUGACACCCUCCGACUGCGUGUUGCCGCCGCCGGGCGUUUGAAUGCGUCGCUGGAGAAAAAAUGCCGUGCCUUGGCAUCGUCGCGGGGGCGCUGCCAGAAGGACGACAUGGGGGACAAUUCUCUCCGCUCACCACAACUGCAAAAGCAACUGGAUAAGUUGCAGGAAGAAAAUGAACAACUUCGCGUCGGCCAGGAUCAAAACAAGUACCUGUCUCAGGAGGUCUCCCACUACAGGACUCUGCUUGAGCAGCAAAGCAAGAAAAUGGAAAUCCUCUGCCAACAGGAGUCACUGCGUCUUGAGGAGAUGCGUGACAUGAAGAGGAAGUUGGCCAAAGCGACGGCGACGCUUCAGACGAUGGGGACGGCUUUGCGCUUAAGUAAGGUUCGUGAGAAGAGGGCAGCCACCGCGACAGAGUCAUUGCAAAAGAAGAAUGAAAAGGAAGAGCAGAGGCGACAGAUGCAAGAGCAAGGUGUGGCUAGAUCUGAAAUACAGCUGAACUCCUUUGCAUUCAUUGAGCAGGUGGCAAGUGUGAUGGAACAGCAUCACUCUUUGUUGGGUGAAUGUAUGCUCGCCCACCACUCCCUGUGCGUCGUCUGUUCUUGCAGCUUCUCAGACCAAGAAAGGACGGAUGCAAUAUGUGCCUUGGGCGACGGAUGUAAAGAGACUGAAACGGAGUCUCUUUUUGAGACUGUGUCCCGCCUAACAGGUUUGCUAAAAGUCUGGAAAAGUAAAAUGAUGAUAUCCACGGCCUCUGCGCGACGUCAGCCCUGUUAG